AAUAGCGCUGAUUGCAACAAUUGCAUCGUUGUUUUCUAUUAGGAAUACGGAAUGUAACAUUAUAUUAGCCAAAAAUAACCGAACGCUGGCUAUUAUUCAUCCAAAAAUAGACUGUAGAUCGGUUAUUUCCGUGGAUAAGACUGAAGAUUCUAUUUAAAAUUUCCGUGUAUAACCCAUGGUUAACGAAUCAUUUCAGCACGUGUGAUACUUUAUGACCUCCUUUUACGACAACCAAAAACCUGUUCAUUACUGCUAAUCGGAGGCAGAAAUUUCAAAUGUUCACAAUAUCGAAGAAAUUGACCGAUCUGACCAUCAUGAAGUUUCUACCAACGGGUUAAAACACCAUGGAGAUUGAGAAACAAGCCAAGAACAAAAUUUAAUGGCGAUGGCAGUUGUCCGAGUUAGAUUCUGAGGGGUUGAAAUGGUCUGAUAGUGAUAGAUAGACGUUUGCUGUGUUGCAUAUUGCACAAAGAUUAAUUACAAAUCCAAUGGAAAGAAAGGCAUCAGACUUCACUGCGAGGACGCCAAACACCAGAAAAAACACUGGAGUUGUGAAACCGGGGAAUGAGGCGACUGGUGGAACAAUUUGCCGUUUCUAUAAGACACCACGUGGAUGCUGGAAUGGAGAUCAGUGUCGUUUUGUUCAUGAUGAUGGACUAGCUGUGCCGUCAGCAAUGCCCAGAUGCAGAUUCUAUGGUACACCAGAAGGCUGUAGGUACGGUGAUUCCUGCUAUUUCCUCCAUGAUGAACCACAAGUUUCUGCUGUUGAACAACAGAAAGUAUGUGAGAACAUUGACAGGUUAUGCAUUGAUGAAGGCCCGGACAGCUUGACUGAACACUUAGCAGCUGGACAGCAGCAGUGUGUAGCAAUAGACAACAGUGGCUGCUUCUUCAACAAACAAGACCUAGAAUACUACACUGUACCUAGAGGUCAGGAGAUGGAACCAAAGUUACCACAGCUGGUCCUACCAGCUUUACUCGAACUGCUUAAUAUGUCCAACAUGCAUCCUGUUAAGAUUUCACUAAAUUUAAAAGAACAUCCAGAAUUGAUGAAUGAAAGCUACAAAGUAUGUAAAGUUUUAGAUCUUCUCUGUGAGAAGGCUAUGAAAGCUCGUAACACUGACCAUGUCAAGGCAAUGAAGGUGCACUACUUUGCUACUGUGAUACGUAAAGCCAAGGAUGAUUCAUGUCUUGAUGAUUGGAUCAAAAAGUUGUUGAUGGGAAGAGCAAGUGAUGGCUACCCAGAAUUUCAGGAACAACUUCUACGACAAGCAUUACAAGAGUUUCCAUAUGUAACAUCUCCGCUCUUUCGGGGACUGGUCAGAAUGUUGUCUACUACUGAAAUUGGUGAUCACCCAACAUCCCUGGAAUUACUGAAUGAAGUAUUAAAUGGAGAGAGGUUUGGCUUUGAUAUAGGAAAAGAUUGUAGUGCUUGUGGAGACCCCAGUGCUGUAAAGAAAUGUUCUGCAUGUAAAAUGGUACACUACUGUAGUCAGGAGUGCCAGAAACUACACUGGUUUACUCACAAGAAAUUCUGCAAGGAUUUAGCUGAAGGAGAAGAAGACGAGAGUGUAUCAGACAACUGUAGUGAUCUGCUAAACAGUGAGGAAGAGGCUGAGAAAAGAUUUGAUAACUGGAAGAAAGAAAUUAAGAAACUAGAAAAGACGAGGCCAGAUAUUGACGUGGCUAAAUGUAGCAGUUGUGCAUCGAAGUUCGAAGGAGAUGAUGCGUUUGAUGGGCUCAUGGAUCACUAUUAUGAACAAAUGCAGAAGAGUAACUUCAAACACAAAGUGUUCAUAAAGACACCACUGAGGAGGAAUUCUACAAUGUGUUUAUUGUGCGAUAGAUAUUUUGCUCACUGUGGAAGCCUCUUGCAACAUCUGCUCGCUAAAUCCCGCCGCAAAGAUAAGGACGGGAACAACCACAUGCUGCUUGUUACCAAAGGAAUAUUGGAACCAACUUGCUUCAGGGAUACAGUCCACCAUGACAAUGAUAUCCUGAAUGAGGAAUUGAGUGUUACACUCAUACAGGACACACAUGAGGAAGAUUUAGCAGAACUGUUCGGGUAUACGAUGAUGGCAAGAGGAUUUGGCGGGUUUGGAAGUGAUGAUGAUGACAGUGAUGGGGAUUACUUCAACAGUGAUUGCUAUGAGCUGUUGUGCCAGGGGAUCAAACCUUGGGACCCGGAGGCUGGAGCGGCUUUAGCUGUACUCAACGGGUGGUAAAAAGAUCAAACCUAGGGACCCGGACGCCUUGGCAGCCCUAGCUGUUCUCUUUUGGUUGUGAAUAAGGGAUCAAUUCUAGAGAGCUGUUAACAGUGUAUCUGAAUACUGUAACAUUAUAAAGUUAAUUGAACAAAACUACUGACUUUGAAUUGUAUAAAACUCGCUCAAAAUAAUCACAGAGGAAGAAAUAGGACAUUGUUAUUGUGUUCGAGUAUGAAAUUUUGUAUAAGUGUAUGUCUGUUGACAUCAGUAAGAAAAAAAACGUUUGGUGUAUCUGUGAUAUUACAAAGUUGAUUUUUGUGUCUGAAAAUACAAUGGAACAGGCUUUGCCUAAAUUUGUUGAACAUAUUGUGAUGAAUUCUACCUGGUACUUAUAGAUAUAUUUGGAAGUUACUAUUUGUUCUUUGUAUUUUUGUUUAUUCAUCUGUGAUGUAUAUUUCUUUUUAUUGUCUAUUUCAUAAGUCUUUCAUAUUAGGUAUGGAAUAGGUACAGAUAACAGUUUCUAUAAAUAAGUUAAUUGUUUAUUGUACAUGAUGUUAAUAAACAUCUGCAGUUGAAAGUU